AUGGAUUCCGUUCUCCUCACCGCCUCGUCUCCGCGAGCCCUUCACCCCGUACUCACGACGGACGAGGUGACCCUCAAGCCGCACCAACUGGCGAUGAUACGGAGAUGCGGCGAGAUUGAGGAGACCUCCGACGUCCUGGUGAUGAACGACAAGCCGGGCUCGGGGAAGACGUAUGCGAUCCUGGGAUACCUACUGGCUCGGAAGCAGGCGCUCGGCGGGAAGAUCGAAGCCACCAUCAUAUUCGUGCCGCACCACAUUCUCACGCAGUGGAACGAGAGCAUCCGCGACUUCAUCGGAAACUCGCUGAGCGUGUAUCAGCUGGCCUAUGGUGACGUCGACGACAUCUGCGAGAUCUCCCAGCAGCGCGACAUCAUCCUCGCGCCGAGCAUCCUCUGCUCCAGCGUGGCCAGAGCUCUGAAGAGCGCGCACGCCUCCGUGCCUCGCGUGGUUCUGGACGAAGCCUUGGCACUGCACGUGAUGUACGCCUUCGUCCCGGCUGAGAAGACCUGGUUCGUCUCGGGAGAUUGCGACCUGGUCGAGCAUUUCCCCCCGAUGCCGAAGAACUGGCGGGGGAACAGGUUUAAGGUCGUCUGUCAGUGCGACGACCGCUUCGUAGCUUCGAGCUUCGACCUGGAAGAGCCUCUCGUCGUGGAAAAGCACUGCGCGUCCCUGCUCCUGGAAAGGGUGCUGAUUCCCGCGGUGGGAGCGUCGGAGGGUGCCCGAGAACGCCUCAACGCGCUCGACUUCUUCCACAAGAGCGCCCCGACCGUCAUCGACGAGAAGGAGCUCAUCAUCGCGUUGCUCGAGUACACCAGGCAAUCGCGCGAGGCGAACUCCGACAGGAUCGAGCUCUGCAAGAGCGCCCUGGAGCGGCACACGACGGAGAGCUUCGGAAACGAGGGCACCCAGCGCGAGGUCUACGAGAAUGAGAUACGGGAGUGCGUCGACAAGUUGGGAGCCGCCGGGUCUCUGAUCCGCACCAUCAUGGAGCGCGCAGCGGAGUGCGGCCUCUGCGUCGCCUGCUUCGACGGCCCGAUCUCGCGGCGGCUGGUCGCUCCCUGCGACCAUGCGUUUUGCGAAGCCUGCGGUGCGAAGCCGCCGUCCGAGUGUCCGGUCUGCGGGGCGAGGAUUUCGGGCAGCCUGCGGACGGCAGAGCUGGAAGCACCCCGGAAGGAGGCGGAAGAGGGGCCGAACAAGCUGGAUUGCUUGCUGGAGAUCGUGGAGAAGUCCGGUCCGGCGGCAAAGAUCCUCCUCUUUUCCAAGCACGUCAGGAUCUACCGUAAGAUCCAGGCCGAAUUCCGCUCGCGCGGCGUGCCCUAUGCGGAUCUGGAGGGAGGGUCUCAUGCGGUCAUCGACGGCGUGGUGCGCGACUUCAAGCGAGGGAAGGUCAAGGUUCUGAUGGUGGACUCGUCGCUCUUCGCGUGUGGCCUGAACAUCGAAACCACGACCGACGUGAUCAUGCUGCACAAGAUGGACGAGCACACCGAGAGACAGGUCGUCGGACGAGCGCAGAGACCCGGCCGCACGUGCCGACUCACGUCCGGACCCCACCACUAUAAGAAAGCAGAAGUAGUCCCCCAAGCUUUCAUAAUGAGGAUGGACUCUGAAAAGCUUCGCGCUUUCGUCUCGGCGCGGUGCGACGCCGGCGAGGGGUUGCUCGUCGCGCGCCGCGAGCUCAGGGACGCGUUUCAGGCCUGGCAGGGAGGGGAGCCCGUUCCCAGGGGGUUUCCUGAUGCCCUAAAGGCAGCGGGCUACGCUCUCGCGACCAGGGCGUACGGGCCGAACCGAAAGAGCACCGGCGUCUACGUCGGCUUAGGUUUGCGUCCGGUGGAAGCCACUGGUGAAGUUGUAAUUGAGACACCGUCGCGAGAGAAUGCCGGUGCAGUUGUCAGCACCCAACCGAGGGACCUGGUUCUUGACAACGAUCUUUUCGGAGAGUUCCGAGGCGCUCGCAUCAGAAAGACGGCUGAAGUGCCACCCAAGAUCAGCAUCAUCGACCUGAUUGCUGCUGUGACGGGGGUCUAUAAUCCUGGACAGAUUUGGAGCAAGCUCUCCGAACGUUUCAUUGAGGAGAACAUCCGCAUCGAUAAUGAUUCCACUAGAUUCCCAGGACAGGGACAAACUGGUACGCCUAUCACUGAUGCGAAGGGCGUAGUCAUCAUCAUUAACCAGCUCAGUGGGCCUCGCGCCGCCAAGUUCCGUCAGAAGUUUGCCGACACCCUGGUUCGCUACCUGGGCGGUGACGAGACGCUGAUCGGCGAGAUCCGCAGCAUCAGGGAUGCGCAGGAGCGCCUUGCGGAGGACCACCCGCUCAGGAUCUUUGCUCAGACGGUGGAGGCUGAGCGCGGAACCGAGCCCGCCGACCCCGACUGCGACGUGCUGCGCGCAAUCAAGCGCCAGAAGCUGCAGAACGAGCUGGAUGAGGAAAUGGAAAGGGGAAAGAAAAACGUGCGCGCCAUCAAGCUGCAGGAUUGCAGGGAGACCGCUCAGGCGAAAGGCGAGAUUAUUGACAUCCUCUUCGCGGGGAGCGCAUCAGGGCUGCCGACGCCCCCCGCGCUGCUGGGGAUGCUCAACGCCGCCAGGCAUAAUUUCGCGUCGCAGGCUAUCGCGCAGCUGAGCGCCUUGACCGGCGACGUCGCUUCCGCCUCCCAGGGCGGCCCUCCGGCUCUGCCUGCUCCCGCUGCGCCCGCGGCGACGGCACAGCGAGUGACGGUGCUGGAGAUCGGGAGGGACGUUCUGCGCCUCAGAUCCGACCGUCUGGUCUCGAGCCACCUGUCCAAGGUCGGUCUCGCCGUGGGAAAGCGCUGGAUGAACAUCCCCGGAAACGGGAGUCUCGACCAGGACGGUCAGAACCGCUGGGAGCGCACGUACAAGGAGGAUGCGAUCGUGCACAAGGAGGCGGUUCAUGCGAUCACGCCGGACAUGCUGGCGCGCCAUCGCAUCAGGUUCUCGCAGGCGUACUUGGGAACGAACGAGGUCGGGGCGGGACAGACUUUCAACGUCUAG